GACUAUUUCGCACACCACACCUCGGGGAGGGAUUUUUCCUCUUUUCCCUACGAAAAACAAACAGAUCUUUUUAAGGAUGGUGCUGCUCAACUGGUGUCUGCUGUGGCUCCUGUUUCCACUCAGCUCAAGGACCCAGAAGUUACCCACCCGGGAUGAGGAACUUUUUCAGAUGCAGAUCCGGGACAAGGCAUUUUUUCAUGAUUCGUCAGUAAUUCCAGAUGGAGCUGAAAUUAGCAGUUAUCUCUUUAGAGAUACACCUAAAAGGUAUUUCUUUGUGGUUGAAGAAGACAAUACUCCAUUAUCAGUCACAGUGACACCCUGUGAUGCGCCUUUGGAGUGGAAGCUGAGCCUCCAGGAGCUGCCAGAGGACACGAGCGGAGAAGGAUCAGGUGAUCUGGAACCUCUUGAGCAGCAGAAGCAGCAGAUCAUUAAUGAGGAAGGCACUGAGUUAUUCUCCUACAAAGGCAAUGAUGUUGAGUAUUUUAUAUCAUCUAGUUCCCCAUCCGGUUUAUAUCAGUUGGAUCUUCUUUCAACAGAGAAAGACACACAUUUCAAAGUAUAUGCCACCACAACUCCAGAAUCUGAUCAGCCAUACCCUGAGUUACCCUAUGACCCAAGAGUAGAUGUGACCUCACUGGGGCGCACCACGGUCACUUUGGCCUGGAAACCAAGCCCCACUGCCUCUUUGCUGAAACAACCCAUUCAGUACUGUGUGGUCAUCAACAAAGAGCACAAUUUCAAAAGUCUCUGUGCAGUGGAAGCAAAACUGAGUGCGGAUGAUGCUUUUAUGAUGGCACCGAAACCUGGUCUGGACUUCAGCCCCUUUGACUUUGCCCACUUUGGGUUUCCUUCUGAUAAUUCAGGUAAAGAACGCAGUUUCCAAGCAAAGCCUUCUCCAAAACUGGGGCGUCAUAUCUACUCCAGGCCCAAGGUUGACAUUCAGAAAAUCUGCAUAGGAAACAAGAACAUCUUCACCGUCUCUGAUCUGAAACCUGACACGCAGUACUACUUUGAUGUAUUUGUGGUCAACAUCAACAGCAACAUGAGCACCGCUUAUGUAGGUACCUUUGCCAGGACCAAGGAAGAAGCCAAACAGAAGACAGUUGAGCUAAAAGAUGGGAAGGUAACAGAUGUAUUUGUUAAAAGGAAGGGAGCAAAGUUUCUACGGUUUGCUCCAGUCUCUUCUCACCAAAAGGUCACCUUCUUUAUUCACUCUUGUCUGGAUGCUGUCCAAAUCCAAGUGAGAAGAGAUGGGAAACUUCUCCUGUCUCAGAAUGUGGAAGGCAUUCAGCAGUUUCAGCUUAGAGGAAAACCUAAAGCAAAAUACCUCGUUCGACUGAAAGGAAACAAGAAAGGAGCAUCUGUGUUGAAAAUUCUAGCUACCACAAGGCCUACUAAGCAGUCAUUUCCCUCUCUUCCUGAAGACACAAGAAUCAAAGCCUUUGACAAGCUCCGUACCUGUUCCUCCGCCACCGUGGCUUGGCUAGGCACUCAGGAAAGGAACAAGUUUUGCAUCUACAAAAAAGAAGUGGAUGAUAACUACAAUGAAGACCAGAAGAAAAGAGAGCAAAACCAAUGCCUAGGACCAGAUAUAAGGAAGAAGUCAGAAAAGGUCCUCUGUAAAUAUUUCCACAGUCAAAACCUGCAGAAAGCAGUGACCACAGAAACAAUUAAAGGUCUUCAGCCUGGCAAAUCUUACCUGCUGGAUGUUUAUGUCAUAGGACACGGGGGGCACUCUGUAAAGUAUCAGAGUAAGGUUGUGAAAACUAGAAAGUUCUGUUAGUUACCUUCUUAUAGAGAUAUAUUAUGUAGAACUCCAGGAGGGAUAUUAAAUCACUUUAAGUAUAAACUGACUACUCCCACAGCUGAGAGAAGUUGUGACCUGUACUUGUACUAUGGAAGGAAGGAUAUCAACGUGUGUAUAUUGAUGUUUAUAUAAGUAACUCUUGAAGGAGACUUGUUCUAGCGUGCCCCAUGGUACCUAGUGUGUGUCUGAUGCCGGUUGGUGUCAAAGAUAGAGGACUUCUUGAAGGAACUUGCCAUUCCCUGCUUUGACCACUGCAUGAACUGCUUCUAAAUUAUUUUAUUACCUAAAAAUUUAAAAUAUGCCAUUCAUUGCACACACCCAUAAAUGCAUUCCUCUCUAUAGAUGCUAGGAUAUAUAUAUAAAUUAUUUUAUAAAUUCUUGUUUUAAAUGUCAGUGUUUCUAUGAUUGUAAACUAUUAAAUUCUUUUCCUAUUAAAAGUACAGAUCUAAUCUAAGUAUUAUUAAGUGGAUAGCCCUCUAGUCAGUUAUAUUGCUAUUGUAAAUUCUUGUUUGUUGCGUAAAAUGUUAAAAUACUAUAUGUAUCUCAUGUACAAAGUUGACAUACAUUAUAUUCAUGUACAUAAAAUUAAAGAGAUUAGAUUAUAUACUGUUCAUUUUCCCAAGCAGCUACCUUGGUGUAUUCAAUUUCUAAUCUGUCCUCAAAACUGUACCUUCUGUAGUUUGGCACCAAAACAGAUGCUUUUUAGUAAUUAAAAAGGGAUGCCCCAUCUCUCUAAAGUUAUUAUGGCAUUAGAAAUAGGUAUUAAAAUUUGUAUUUUUGACGUUGAAUGGGAGCCAGCUGUUAGGAGAGUUGAGAGAGCUACAAUAGACUUGUUUUAAAAGAAUAGGACAAGCCAAACACUAACUCGACUAGUAUUCAACAAAUUGUCCAUAAUAACCUAAAAUAUAUCACUUUAUAAGCAUUUAUUUUAAGUACAAAAUUGAGAUAUUUCAAGUAUUUUCCAUCUGUUUGAAUAUUAGCAAAAUAGUUAAAUAAUUAUUUUAAUCCGUAGCUCACGCAACUUAACAAACACCAAUCAAGACUUUUAUUAGUAAGAAGAAAACUAGGAAAGCUCUUGUUUUAUAACAUUAAUGGCCUGCUACUUUUAACUUUGAUUUUUCAUGGAUUUUUUUUAAAGUAAUUUCAAGUGUAAGAGACAAUUUAGGCAAAUCAUAACAGAAAUAUUUUAUCAGAGACUGUGCACAAAGGGCACUUUUAGGUAGCUUCAUUCUCCACAGGUUCUAUACAUAAAUCAUGAGGUGUUAACGAGAAUAUUGGUCCAGGAAUCAGAAAAGUCUGGAAUUUACAAUCACCUAAAGCAAUUAUGACUUUAAGAAAAUCUGUUACCUCCCAUAAUCUCCCUUUCCCACCUGUUAACAUAAGGUGGUGAUAGAUUUAGAUGAGAUGACAUUGUUAGAUACUUUCUAUUAUAAGAGGCUGUCUUUGGUAGAAUUCCAUGAUUCUAAAGUGCUGUGACUACAAGUGUGGACAGGUAUAAUCCCUUUACCUCUACACUGCCCCCUGCAUGCUGACACUGCCUUUCGUAUGGUGGGCAUUCAACAGCAACAUUCCUGUGGAGUAUAGACGGCUAUGACUAAGGUAGUGUAAGUGGUGGUCCUUAUAAAAUAUGCUCUGCUUGCCUUAGGAGAAAAUAGUUCCUUAAAAACAUUCUCAUCCAACUCCUCAGUGUUAAGACAUCUAAACAAAAGUGACCACAUCUAUACACAACAGUAAUGACACCUGAAAGAAUUUUUAACAGAUAAAUAACAGUACCCCCAUGGUUAUGUAACCAACCAACUAGGAAGGAGAGACUUUAAAAUUGACAGCAUCCCAGAGAUGUUGUAUCCUAAGUUAUGAAUGUGCUGCCGUUGAAGAAAAAUCAGCUUUCUCAUAUUACUCACAUAUAUAAUAUUACAUAACAAUGUGUUAAAUUGGACUACAGUGAAUCAAAGAGUUACUGCAGCUUCUGAAGGUGACAGACUUAACUUUUAGAUAUUGCUUAAUGCCUGGGAAACCCUGGGAACCACGCCAAGUCAAUUUAACCAAGCUUUUGCUUUUUAGCCAGCUGUGAUGGUGGUUUCUACAUAGUCUGGAUAAAUCCAAGAAUUCUUUCAUGGCCCCAGUGAAAUUUGCCUUUUUGAAAUUAUUUGGAAAACGAAAUACACAUUAUGAAACUUCUAUCACUCCUAAAGAAAGGGGAAAACCUAUUAAAAAUGAAGCUCUCUUAUUUACUAAUGCAUUUCUAUUUCAGGAGCAUUUGGCUAAACUGGGGACAAAAAACAAAAACUUGUUCUUAAUUAACAAAAGAACUAGAAAGAAGCUCAUAUGAAAGCACCACCUUGUGUUCAGUAAGCUUCAGGAUAGCUCUGUUGACAGCAGGGCAUUUAGAGAGUCCCAAGUAUAGUCAUGUAUCACUGGGGAGGGAAGAAUCUUUGAGGACAUCUAGUUUACAAUCUUUAUUAUUUUUCAGGUGUAGAAAAGAGAUUAAAGAUCAUAGAAGUCAGAAUAAAUUUGUAAAAGUUAUAGUCAAAACAGCUAAGAAAUGGCAUUGCCCAGACUCCAAAAUCCUGACCAGAAUAUAAAUCACCAAUUCUUGGUUUAAAGGGGUUAUUUGUGAAUCAUUUUCCAAAAAAAGAAGUACACUUUUUGUGUUACUUACCGUUUCAAAGAAACUUAUUCUUCAAGACCAUUUCAGAUUUCCUUAGGAAUGUAUGUGUUACCCAUAAUUGACCACUUAAAACUUGUAAGAAAAAAAACCUUAUGGUCAUUUUGUUAUUUUUAGAGACAAAGUAUUUCUGAUCUAGGUUUGCAUGCACAUACAACCUUGAGGCUGUGAGAUCAUUAGUCAAUUGCUUUAAUUAUAAGCCCUGUUUUUUUUAAUCUAAAAACUAAUAAACAUCUAUAAGAAUUAUAA